CAGAAUGAGCUAGAAAUCCAGAUGGCACAGCGUUAGCGGCGGCUAACAAAGCACUUUUUACAAGCCACGAAGGUUAAUUCUGCGUUUGAAAAAGAAAUUUGCGUGUGACAAUAAUAUUUGUGGCGAAAGGGACCGAAAACCUCUUCUCUGGCCAUACGAAAAAGUGUACCGACGUCAUGAGCUGGUCAUGGCCUCUUCUCCCUGCCCUGGUGCUGUCCUCUGUCCUCUCCUUGGUAACCGUGCAGACCGCACCAUGCCAGACCUGCCGCAAACUCACAGAAAACUUCAUCAAGGGCCUGGAGCGAACAGCCAAUAAAAAUUUUGGUGGAGGGAACACAGCUUGGGAAGAAGAGAAGCUGGCCAAAUAUGCUCGCAGUGAGACACGUCUGUUGGAGAUUGUGGAGACUGCGUGUGAGAAAUCUGAUUUUGAUUGCAACAAACUGUUGGAACAGAUAGAGGACCAGGUAGAGACCUGGUGGUUCCACAGGCAGCAGGAGGCUCCUGACUUGUUUGAGUGGUUGUGUAUUGAAGAACUCAGGCUGUGCUGCCCACCAGGUCGCUUCGGACCAGAAUGUGCAGAGUGUCCAUCGGGUCCAGGGGGGGUGUGUGGAGGUCUUGGCCGCUGUGAAGGAGAGGGAACACGUCUCGGAGAUGGAGAGUGUGUCUGUGACCCAGGAUACUCAGGCCCGCUCUGCCAGGAGUGCGCAGAUGGAUACUACAGAGAAAAGAGCUCCAAUGGCACGCAGCCACCUUGCUCAGCGUGUUAUCACUCCUGCAAGAAGUGUUCCGGUCCACAGAACUACAAGUGUCUGGACUGCAAGCCAGGUUGGAUUCUUCAUGACAACAAGUGUGUGGAUGUAGAUGAGUGUGGUACUGAGCUGGCGCGCUGUCCGUCCAACACUUACUGCUUCAACACUGACGGCUCAUACGAAUGCAGGGGUUGUGACCAGGCGUGUGUAGGCUGUAUGGGCAGUGGUCCUGCUCGCUGUAAGAAGUGUGCUCGAGGGUACAGACUGACUGGAGCCAAGUGUCUCGAUGUUGAUGAGUGUAAGGAAAAAGCAAUAGCAUGUCCUGGACUGAAUGAGGCCUGCAUUAAUGAGGAGGGUUCUUUCCGCUGUGAGUGCGCAGAAGGUUUCAUUCGGAGAGACAGCAUCUGUGUGGAGAACCUUCCACCUUCUGGUCCAGAGAAAGGCUUAUUCGAUGACAUGACUGACGAUGAGGUGCUGGUCCUUCAGCAGAUGUUUUUCGGUGUGGUGAUCUGCGCACUAGCUACACUAGCUGCUAAAGGAGACAUGGUUUUUACCGCCAUCUUUAUCGGGGGUGUGGCAGCCAUGGCCGGCUACUGGCUCUCAGAGAAAGGCGACCGCAUGCUGGAUGGCUUCCUUAAAGGGCGUUAAUGGACGAGCUGCUCAGGAACUCGAGAGCGUGGGAGGGGCUACUGGACUGCAAGCCUAUCAGAAGACAGAAACUUGAAGUGGGAGGUUGACAGGAGUGGCUAAAGGAAUGCAAGCCAAUCAGGGAUGUGGAAGAUGAGCAGAGGAAGGGUGACUAUAGCAGUGCUACUGUGUCAAAGGCAUUGUAAGUGGGGAUUAUGCUAAUGGAUUGUACUAUGCUAAUUUAUAUGCUGUUUCCACAGUACUGUUUCCCUGCUGCUCACUGUAAGAGACUUUACUUAGGGAAUUUUUAAAUACAUUUGAGCCAGAUUAAGAUAUUGAAAAGCUGUUUAGACUGCACUGAUGCUUGACAGGUAAUAGAAUAUGUUGCUGUAUGUUGGCUUAGGCAUGACCCUUUUCAGAAAGUACAGCAGCAUAGCAUAAAGCUGAUCACUUCUCCAGUUAUAGUUUAUGAUUAAAUGCUCAAAAUGAGCUCCUUGUAGAGACCAUAUACACUUUGUUUUAUUAGGUUUUUUUUUUUUAUUCUAACUUGAUUAAAAUAUGUUUUGAGCAUACUGAGAGCACAGAUGAGUGUAUGUGAACCUAUAGACAGAGCGAUUAAAGGACUGUAUGUGUGAUUGUAAUGACUGUAGGGAUAAAAAUGAAAAAUAUUGAUCCACUCUUCUUAACAGCUGUUGAGAAACCUGAAAGAAUUGCCCUAAAACCAAGAGAACUUAAUUUUUUUUUUUCAUUUUAGAUGAUCCCUCCGUCCCAUAGAGAGCUUGAUCCAGCAAAGACAAGAGUAUGUUUUGUCCUGAAAAUGAAUUUUCAUAAUGAACAGUUCUGUGCAAAAGUCAGAUCACCUUUCAUUUAUUAAA